CUGCAGUCCUCCGAUGUGGUGCUGAUCAGGUGGUUGCAGAGCUUCAGCUCACAGCAACACAAUGCAGCUGAGCAGGCAAGCACAGCCCACAGCCAGGAGCGGUUCCUACUCUCCAGAACAAGGCGACCUUUAAGCUUAAGUUUCCCGGAGAAAAUGAGAUGCUGAUGCUGAAGACGACACUAUGGCUUUGAUGGAAUAUCAGAUACUGAAAAUGUCUCCCAGCCUGUUCAUCCUUCUGUUUCUCACACCUGGUAUUUUAUGCAUUUGUCCUCUCCAAUGUAUAUGCACAGAAAGGCACAGGCAUGUGGACUGUUCAGGCAGAAACUUGACUACAUUACCAUCCGGACUGCAAGAGAAUAUUAUCCAUUUAAAUCUGUCUUAUAACCACUUUACUGAUCUGCAUAACCAGUUAACCCAAUACACUAAUCUGAGGACCUUGGACAUUUCAAACAACAGGCUUGAAAGCCUCCCUGCUCAAUUACCUCGGUCCCUCUGGAAUAUGUCUGCUGCUAACAACAACAUUAAACUGCUUGACAAAUCUGAUACUGCUUAUCAGUGGAACCUUAAAUAUCUGGAUGUUUCUAAGAAUAUGCUGGAAAAGGUUGUCCUCAUUAAAAAUACACUAAGAAGUCUUGAGGUCCUCAACCUAAGCAGUAACAAACUUUGGACAGUUCCAACCAACAUGCCCUCCAAACUACAUAUUGUGGACCUGUCUAAUAAUUCCUUGACACAAAUCCUUCCAGGAACAUUAAUAAACCUGACAAAUCUCACACAUCUUUACCUGCACAACAACAAAUUCACAAUCAUUCCAGAUGAAGCUUUUGACCAACUCCUUCAGUUGCAAGAGAUAACCCUUUACAAUAACAGGUGGUCAUGUGACCACAAACAAAACAUUACUUACUUAUUGAAAUGGAUGAUGCAAACAAAAGCCCACGUCAUAGGGACUCCCUGUUCUAGCCAAAUAUCAUCUUUGAAGGAACAUAACAUAUACCCCACACCUUCUGGAUUUACCUCAAGCUUGUUCACUGUAAGUGGGGUGCAGACAGUGGACACCAGUAACUCUCUGAGUAUGGUGACUCAGCCCAAAGUGACCAAAACGCCCAAACAAUAUCGAACAAAGGAAACAGCAUUUGGCGCCACUCUAAGCAAAGAUACCACCUUUACUAGCACUGACAAGGCUUUUGUGCCCUAUCCAGAAGAUACAUCCACAGAAACGAUCGAUUCACAUGAAGCAGCAGCUGCAACUCUAACUAUUCAUCUCCAAGAUGGAAUGGUUACAAACACAAGCCUCACUAGCUCAAAAAAAUCAUCCCCGACACCCAUGACCCUAAGUAUCACUAGUGGCAUGCCAAAUAAUUUCUCUGAAAUGCCUCAACAAAGCACAACCCUUAACUUACGGAGGGAAGAGACCACCACAAAUAUAAAGACUCGUUUACCUUCUAUGGCAAAUGCUUGGAAAGUAAAUGCUUUGUUGCUCUUAAUGCUCAAUGCUGUGGUCCUGCUGGCCAUCUGA